AUGUCGAACACUGCGGACAUGAUAAAAAGGAAAGGCCAUCUACGCGUAGAAGACGCAGAUACAAUGAUAGGCGUUAUAGAGCAGGCAAUUAAAAGAAGAUCGGAAAAAAUUCGAUCUACAAUUGCAGAGGCAAAGCUAAAAAUAAGAGACGAAAUUGACUUCGAAUAUUACGAACACCGUCUCAAGUACUAUUGGAGCCUCAUGGAGGGGGAUAUCGCCAAAUUGGCGAUGAAGUACAAAAAGCCACGUAAUGUUUUAGGAUUAGAAGAACUUUCUGUUGAAAUCACCAAUACUUUACGUGUAUUAAAAAAACAAAAGGAAAUCAACUUAAUAAAAAUGAAAAUAUUGGAAUUACCAAAAAUAGAAUUGCAAAAAUUCUCAGGGGAAUUCCGAGAAUGGCAAUCAUUCAAAGAGCUCUUCGAGGAGUAUGUCCAUAAUAAUAAGGACAUUAGUAACUAUUUAAAAUCUUGUCUUCAAGGAGAUGCUAGACUAAUGGUUAGUCACCUGAUAACGGAAUCAGGUGCAAAUUACAACACUGCUUGGGAAUUACUGGCACACAGAUAUGAUAACGUGCGCAAACAAUUUAACGAACAGCUCAAAAUGGAAAUGGAGAAGGCACAAACAAGUCUCUCCGAUUACCAAGCUUUUGCUCAAGAAAAAUUCGCAGCACUCGAGUCACAACUGGAAGCACAAGAUGUGGAACAUAAGCGUACACUCGAUUCGUAUCGCUUAGAAAUUGAUAACAAACUCUCACAAAAGCAACAACAACUCGAUGAAGCCGAACAACGCGAACUCAAAUUAAAAGAGCGUUUCAAUUUAUUGGCGAUUUCCGAGCAAGAGUUGUGUGAAAAAUUGACUAGCACUGAAAAUGCCUACGCCGCCCGCUUCCAGGCGGCCACAGAACGAGAACAUAACUUGAAUGAACGAGUGCAAGCGCUGACAAAGGAACUCAAUGGGCUUAGAGCUUCCAAUGAGAAUAGGGAACGCGAGUUGCGUGACAAGUUAAAUCUGUCGCAGGAUGAGAUUUCGGUUUUACGAUCCUCACAGCGCAGCUUUAACGAGACCCUGGAUCGCAGCAGUGGCAUUAGUUCGCCAUCGGAACUGGCGCGUCUGCAAAGUGAAGCGGAUAGUUUGCAUUGUGUGUUGGAGUUAAAACAGAAGGAGAUUUCCAAGUUGACUAAACAUAAUGAGGAGCUAAUGCGUGAUGCUGAGGAACGUGGCAUUUUGCAGAGCAAAAUAUCCUUGCUUGAAUCAAACAAUGAGAUGUUGAAGUCAGAGCUGGAUAUCAAGUUGGAGAAGGAGAAGGACUUUCUUCGUAAAAUCAAUUACAAAACAAAAGGGCAAAAGGAAUCUUGGAGAGCUACAACUGGAAGACAAGACGUUAACAGGUAUUUUAUUCCCCGGGAGAGUCCUCACUUCGGAGGAAGUAGGGAAGAGAGUUAUUUUUUUACAGAUGAAAGAAUGGAUCUGGAACCGCCUGAUGAAGAGCCAAAUGAAGACAAGACAAUUAAAGAUGCUGACGAUGGGGGUAUGACAAUGGAAGAUGCAGUACUGAAUCUAAGGGCCAAGAAGAAACGGAUGGGAUGUCUACCAAUUAUACACAUACAACAAUUACCGAAAGGCGAAUGCAGUGAAGAGGAGAAUACUAAGGUACGAAAAAAGAAGCCUCACAUCAAAGGUACACCGUCGUCCGAUGUGAAAGAUGAAAAGUCAGCAGGAUACCGUUUUAACGAAUUUGCAGAAAUAGUGAUGAACAAACUAAUUCAACAUAGAAAAAUCACGUGGGAUUUCAGACAUGGUGUCAAAGAGAAAGAUGCUCAGUAUGCUUUGACAUUUCAUCAUGAAUAGACUUACUAACGAGCAACGCUUGCAAAUCAUUGAAUUUUAUUACCAAAAUCAGUGUUCGGUUCGAAAUGUGUUUAUCGACAAAUUUUGUUCAGCGAUGAGGCUCAUUUCUGGUUGAAUGGCUACGUAAAUAAGCAAAAUUGCCGCAUUUGGGGUGAAGAGCAACCAGAAGCCGUUCAAGAACUGCCCAUGCAUCCCGAAAAAUGCACUGUUUGGUGUGGUUUGUACGCUGGUGGAAUCAUUGGACCGUAUUUUUUCAAAGAUGCUGUUGGACGCAACGUUACGGUGAAUGGCGAUCGCUAUCGUUCGAUGCUAACAAACUUUUUGUUGCCAAAAAUGGAAGAACUGAACUUGGUUGACAUGUGGUUUCAACAAGAUGGCGCUACAUGCCACACAGCUCGCGAUUCUAUGGCCAUUUUGAGGGAAAACUUCGGACAACAAUUCAUCUCAAGAAAUGGACCCGUAAGUUGGCCACCAAGAUCAUGCGAUUUAACGCCUUUAGACUAUUUUUUGUGGGGCUACGUCAAGUCUAAAGUCUACAGAAAUAAGCCAGCAACUAUUCCAGCUUUGGAAGACAACAUUUC